AUGAAGCGUAAGGCGGCGAAGCUGGCCAAGGCCUUGCCACCACCGAAAGGCAAUGCGAGGCCUUCCCCUGCAGGCAACAGCAAGGGCCGCCGAAACAAGGAGGCGGAAGUGACGAAGGCGAAGAAGGAGGAGGAGGAGGAGGAGAGCAGUGCAGAAGAGGAGGAGGAGGAGGAAGAAGAAGAAGAAGAAUCCUCCGGCAGCGAGGAGGAAUCCGAAGAGGACGGUAGCGACCAAGAGGAGGACAAGGAGACGGCCGCUGUUGGCGGGGAGAAAGCCCGCAAGCGCCAGAGGGACGACGACCAAGGGGGAUCUGCUCCGAGCAAAAGAGGCAAGGAGGGGGCAGCGGGCAAGCCGCAAUCGAGCGAGGGGGCCGGGGGCGCAGCAAGCAAAGAAGAGGACAAAGUGCAGCAACUGGUCAAGACUGGAUUCUUCUCGGAUGUGGAGUUUUCUACUCUCCCGUUGUCCAGCGGCAUGCUCUCCGCGCUUGCCAAGUUGAACUUCGUGAUGACGACCAAAAUCCAGGCCCAAGCAAUCCCCCCUCUGCUUGCGGGAGAAGACAUGGUGGGUGCUGCCAAGACAGGAUCGGGGAAGACCCUAGCUUUCUUGGUGCCAGUACUGGAGUGUCUCCACAAAGUCAAGUGGUCUCACCGCAAUGGCACGGCGUGCAUCAUCAUCAGCCCCACGCGGGAGCUGUCGCUCCAGACGUACGGAGUGCUGAGGGACGUUAUCGAAAACGGAAAUUUGAAGCAGACCCACGGCCUGCUGAUCGGCGGGGCUAAUCGCCGAGCUGAAGCUGAGCGACUGGUGAAGGGAGUGAACGUCCUUGUGGUGACGCCCGGUCGUCUUCUCGACCAUCUGCAGAACACCAAGGGAUUCUUGUUCCGCAACAUGCAGAUGCUGGUCAUCGACGAGGCUGACCGCAUCUUGGAGCAAGGUUUCGAGGAGGAAAUGCACCAGAUCAUCAAGCUUCUGCCGAAGGAGAGACAAACUAUGUUGUUCAGCGCCACGCAGACCAAGAAGGUGGAGGACCUGGCCCGACUGUCGAUCCGGAACAAGCCUGUGUACGUGGGCGUGGACGACGCGGAGCAGGAGAGCACCGUUGACGGGCUCGAGCAGGGCUACGUCGUGUGCCCGAGCGAUAAGCGCUUCCUCCUCCUCUUCACCUUCCUCAAGAAGAACCGCAAAAAGAAGAUCAUGGUCUUCUUUUCGUCGUGCAACUCCGUCAAGUUCCACUCGGAGCUACUCAACUACAUCGACAUGCCCGUGAUGGACAUCCACGGUCGGCAAAAGCAGCAGAAACGAACGACUUCUUUCUUUCAGUUCUGCAAGCAGGACACGGGGGUGCUGCUCUGCACAGACGUGGCCGCCCGUGGGCUGGACAUUCCGGCCGUGGACUGGAUCAUCCAGUUCGACCCUCCUGACCAGACCGCCGAGUACAUCCACAGGGUGGGACGAACAGCAAGGGGACAAAGCGGAAAGGGCAGAGCUCUGCUGUUUUUGCUGCCUGAAGAGGUGGGGUUCCUGCGAUAUCUCCGGACGGCCAAGGCCAAGCUGAACGAGUACGAGUUCCCGGUGAAGAAGGUGGCGAACGUUCAGUCGCAGCUCUCCCGUCUGAUCGAGAAGAACUACUACCUCAACAAGUCCGCCAGGGAGGCAUACCGGUCCUACCUGCUGGCGUACUCGUCACACUCUCUCAAAGACAUCUACGAUGUCCACGAGCUAGACUUGCAAGCCGUGGCGAGGGCGUUCGGCUUCACCGUACCCCCGAGGGUGGACCUAAAGCUGAGCGCAAGGGGCCAGAAGGGUCGAGGAGGAGGCAAGGAGCGCGACCAAGGCCGAAGAAAAAUGGCUGUCGGGGGCGGCGGGCACUCUUUCAGUGCCACGAACCCUUACGGCCAGAAGGCACCAGGAGACAGGCGCCAGUUCACCCACUAG